CCCCGAUCGGGCACCACCGCCACGCAACCGCAUCCGCACGAGCUCGCUCGCUCGCUCGCCGCACGGUCGGGUCGGCGGCGGCCGCCACGGCAUGAACACCGCGAACGGGAACGGGUUGGCGCACCACCACCACGUCCAGGCGUCCAUGCCUCCGCCGCACCAGAAGCAGCGGCCGGGGCUGCCGCCGACGCCGCCCCCCUCCGCGCCCGGCUCCCACUCCCUGCACCACGCCGGCGCGUGCGCGGACGACGGCUCCGCGGCGCAGGCGCAGGCGCAGGGCGGCCUGCCGCCGCGCAGGGCGCACCGCCGGUCCCGCAGCGACGUCGCGUUCGGCUACUUCCAGCCGCUGCCGCCGCCGUCGCCGACGCCCAAGGCGGAGGCCGGCGGCUGGGGCAGCCUCCCCGGCGGCGCCGCGGGCGACGACCUGUUCAAUGCGUACAUGAGCAUGGAGGGCAUGGACGGGCUCAACAACUCCGACGGGGACAGCCGUGGGAGCAGCGGCAUGCGCACCAACGGCGCCGAAAGCAGCGAGAACGAGUCCGAGGACUACGGCGGCGGCGACAGCCAGUUCCUCCUCUGGGGCGACGCCGGCAGGAAGAAGAGGAAUGCCGCCGGCGAGCCUGCGCCGCCGCCGCCGGCACGGCACGCGAGGAGCCUGUCCAUGGACAGCCUCAUGGGGAAGCUCAGCUUCUCCGCCAAUGGGGAGCCCGGCAGGUUCAGCCUCGAGUUCGGCGGCGGCGAGUUCACCCCCGCCGAGAUGAAGCGGAUUAUGGCCGACGAGAAGCUCGCCGAGAUGGCGCUCGCCGACCCCAAGCGCGUCAAGAGGGUGCUCGCCAACAGGCAGUCGGCGGCGCGGUCCAAGGAGCGGCGGAUGCGGUACAUCGCGGAGCUGGAGCAGAAGGUGCAGAUCCUGCAGACGGAGGCCACGACCCUGUCCGCGCAGCUCACUCUACUGCAGCGGGACUCGGCGGGGCUCGCCACCCAGAACAACGAGCUCAAGUUCCGGCUGCAGGCCAUGGAGCAGCAGGCGCAGCUGCGCGACGCGCUGAACGAGGCGCUGUCGACUGAAGUCCAGCGCCUGAAGCUCGGGGACACGAGCUCGUCCGGCAACAUGCCCCAUCAGCAGAUGCAGCUCCGUUGCCAGAGCCAGAUGGUGGAGCUGCCCAAGCAGCAGGGCGAGCAGAUCCCGUUCUACCAGCUGGAGCAGCGCGAGCAGAACGGCGCGCCGAGGAACCAUGACCCGAAGUGAAGACGAUUCAGAGGGACAUGCGUCUACAUGCGCUGAGCUCUACGGGAAAAAUGUUUAGUACCUUAGGUGAUACGAAAUUUACGAUUCCUAAGUCCUAACCAUUUGUUUGGAAAAGUGAUCUCGUCAUACUAGUGCUAGUUUAUACUGUGUUUGUCAGGGCAAGGACCCCGUACGUUUCUGAAUGUUUUCGUUCUUUCAGAACCAUGAUUGUCGUUGGAGUUACUGUAAUGAAUUGAAAUUCUUUUGUA